AUGGCCUCAGAUGCACUCUCCAGAGUGCUUGCGAGGUUGCAAAAUCUACCUGUGAUGUCUCUACCCACAGAUUAUCCGCGAUCGACUGGUGCUAAUAAACUCAUCGAAGCCGCUCAUCUGGCAGAUCUUUCAGAGCAGACCUCACUCAGUCUUUUGAAGCUUGCUCUUCAUGCUGAGAGCGAAGAUGGCGGAGAGGACGAGAAUAAAACUUCUGAAACUAGACCAUCGGCUUUCCAUCUACUCCUCUCUGCUUUUCUCGUCCUCCUACACAGGUACACUGCUGAUACAGACUUCGUGAUUGGCUCCUCUUCUGCCGCUGCAAGCUAUCCUUUGAUUCUUCGUCUUUCCGUGGAGCCAUCAGAUUCAUUCUGGACUAUCGUGCGCCGUGUUCAGCACGUCGAACGCGAGGCCGAAGCAGACCUGCUACCCUACGAGACUAUCGUACGGGCUUUACACAGGGACAAAGACGACUCUGUUGAAGCAUCUCGUCCUCUUUUCCGUGUCCGUUUCUUCGACGAAACAGAUCAGCCACGAGAUAAUUUUAUCCGAUCAACUAGCUUAACUUCCGAUCUCACCAUCUUCGUCACAAGACCUCCCACUACUACGCGCGCCUCUUUAGCUCCCCACAUUUCCCUUCGAAUUCUUUUUAACUCCCUGUUGUUCACAUCCGCCCGCAUAUCAUUCAUCGUCGAUCAGCUCUCUGUACUUUUAAGGAAGGUAUCUGCCAAUCCGACUGCAGCGGUUGGUUCUGUUCCUCUCUUGACGGCCGCCCAACGCGAACGCUUGCCUAACCCAACAGCGAAUUUACAUUGGUGUGACUGGAAGGGAGCCAUCACAGAUGUGUUUUCCCGUAAUGCGCAGAAAUGGCCUGAUAGGUCUUGCAUCAUUCAAAGUGUCCCUGCCUCGAUUCCUAGCGAGCCGCAGACGAAGCGAACAUUCACUUACGGACACAUUCGAAGAGCCUCCAACAUACUAGCGCACCACCUCCUAGCAGGUGGUGUGAAGAGGGAAGAGGUUGUCAUGAUUUACGCACAUCGUAGUGUCGAGCUGGUCGUAGCUGUUAUGGCUGUUCUUAAAAGUGGUGCGACAUUCUCGGUUAUAGAUCCUGCAUACCCGCCUUCACGACAGAUCAUAUACCUUCGGGUAGCUCAACCUCGCGGCCUUGUUGUCCUUUCAGGUGCUGGCCAAAUUGCACCUUCUGUGCGCGAAUUCCUAUCCACGGAACUCAAAAUCCGUGUGGAGGUACCCGCGCUUGAAUUCUCUUCUACUGGUCAAAUACUCGGAGGCGCGAACGACUGGAAUCGAUGUUUGAAGGCCCAGGUCCGUCUCGCAGAAACGGAUCCUAAUGUCAUUUUAGGUCCCGACAGCAUUGGCACGCUGUCCUUUACCAGUGGAAGCACUGGCAUACCCAAGGGCGUUCGAGGACGCCAUUACAGUCUCACGCAUUUCUUCCCUUGGAUGGGCAACCGCUUCCUGCUCACUGAAACAUCCAAGUUCACAAUGCUGAGCGGGAUCGCCCAUGAUCCCAUCCAACGUGAUAUCUUCACGCCCCUCUUCUUGGGUGCAGAGCUUCAUGUACCCACCGCAGAAGACAUCGGCACACCCGGCCGUCUCGCAGAAUGGAUGGACGACAGCAAAGUCACUGUCACGCACCUAACCCCCGCCAUGGGUCAGUUACUCUCCGCUCAAGCGACGCGUCAGAUCCCAUCCCUACGAAACGCAUUCUUCGUCGGUGACGUCUUAACAAAGCGCGAUUGCCUCCGCCUGCAAGCCCUCGCCACAAAUGUGCAGAUCAUCAACAUGUACGGCACAACAGAGACGCAGCGCGCUGUAUCUUACUUUGCGAUUCCACCCUUAUCCGAGGACGCGACUUUCCUCGCCACACAGAAGGACAUCAUGCCAGCUGGAGAGGGCAUGAUUGACGUGCAGCUCCUUGUCGUCAACCGCAGCGAUAGAAAUGUCCCUUGCGCAGUGGGAGAGGUCGGAGAGAUUUAUGUGCGAUCUGGAGGCUUGGCAGAGGGAUACCUCGAUACCGAAGCUACUGGAGAGAAGUUCGUCAGCAAUUGGUUCUCUUCUGCCGCUUUACCCUGGAGGGACACAAUUUUGCAUCCGCCCCAGGGCCUUGCUGGGCCCGAGUCACGUCAUUGGAAGGGCAUCCGUGACCGGAUGUAUCGUUCGGGCGAUCUUGGUCGGUAUCUCCCUGAUGGGCGCGUUGAGUGCACAGGGCGUGCAGAUGAUCAGGUUAAGAUCCGUGGUUUCAGGAUCGAGCUUGGGGAGAUUGAUACGUUGAUGAGCCAGCACCCGCUCGUGCGGGAAAACGUCACACUCGUACGGAGAGACAAAGAUGAGGAGAAGAUUCUUGUCAGUUACUUUCUCACGGAGGACGACGAGAAGGUUGAUGGUAAGAGUCCAAAGUAUAGACGGCUCAUCAAGGAUAUUAGGGAGCACCUCAAAAAGAAACUGCCCAGUUACAGCAUACCAACAUUGUUUGUUCCGCUGCAUCGUAUGCCCCUCAAUCCUAACGGUAAAAUAGACAAACCUGCACUUCCCUUCCCCGAUACGGCACAAGCCCACGCUGUGCACUCCGAGCCCAAAAAGACUGUUAACGGGCGCACAGCGAGCCCCACCGAACAAACCAUGCGCACCAUCUGGGCCAGUAUUCUCCCGAACGCGCCCACGCCUAUCCCCCUCGACGAAAGCUUUUUCGAUCUGGGUGGCCACUCAAUCCUUGCCACGCGUCUCAUUUUCGAGAUCCGCAAAAUCUUCGUUGUCGAAGCUCCACUUGGCCUUAUCUUCGACCAGCCGACUAUCACGGGCCUCGCUUCGGCGCUAGAUGCGCUUCGUGACCCAGACUUUGGUAUCGCUUACGGGGACGCUGAGACGCGCCCUGCGACGCCUGUCAAGGCGUCUGCGAAACUGAGCUCUGCUGUUCAGUACGGACAGGACUACGAGACGCUCUCAGGUGCUGUUACUGUGUUCUUGACGGGGUCUACUGGUUAUCUUGGGGCUUUUGUGUUGCGUGAUCUCCUGCAGCGCCUUGAUAGGGUUCGGAAGGUCAUUUGUCUCGUACGUGCGCCCAGCGUCGAACAAGGUGUGGCGCGCCUUAGAGAAGGGUCUGGUGAUCGGGGCGUUUGGGAUGAGCAGUGGCUCACCUCGGGUAGACUGGAGGUGGUGAUCGGAGACCUUGGCCUUGAUAUGUUCGGUAUGGGCGAUGAAGUUUGGUCACGAGUCGCUGCUGAGGCGGACGUCGUCUUGCACAAUGGUGCCCUGGUGCAUUGGGUGUACCCAUACGAGAGACUUCGUGCACCGAACGUGAUCGGUACCUUGACUGCUGUAGAACUCGCCUCGACGACAAAGCAGAAGAUACUUGUUUUCGUUUCAUCGACAUCGGCGAUCGACACAGAGCACUAUGUGCGAUUGUCUGACUCUCUGGCACAGUCUCAAGAUUCGCGGAGAGGUAUUCCGGAAGAUGAUGACCUUGGACGCAAAUGGGUGUCGGAGAAGCUGCUCUUUGAAGCUGGUAAGAGGGGCUUGCGAGGCCAUAUCGUUCGGCCCUGGUUAUAUUUGACCAACACCGACGACUUUAUUUGGCGCAUGUUCAAGGGGUGCGUCCAGCUCGGCUUCGUCCCAGAUAUCAACAACACUGUGAACAUGGUGCCUGUGGAUCAUGUUGCUCGUUGCACUGCUCUCGCUGCAGUGGAGCCCCUGCCAAACGCUGCACAAAGCGUGCUGCACAUUACUGCGGUGCCCCCUCCGACCUUCAACAACAUCCUCUCAUCAUUGGCCGAGUACGGGUUCCCUACACAACAAUGCGAGUAUCUCGUAUGGCGUCGCAAGCUAGAGCAGCACGUCAUGGAGGUCCAAGAUAACGCCCUUUUCCCGCUCCUCCAUUUCGUCCUUGAUGACUUACCGACGAGUACCAAAGCCCCCUGA